UGAAGGAAACAUGAAGGAAACAUGAAGGAAACGUGAAGGAAACAUGAAGGAGAUAUGAAGGAACCAUGAAAGUAAUUAAUAUAAAUAAUGUAUACACCGCGAACGGAGUAAGCGUAAUAAUUCUUUUAUAUAUUUCUAGUAAACAAUGCGCAUCAUAGUGAGCGUGAUAGUAUUUCCUUUAAAUAUUCAAAUAAUACAUUUAGUAUUAGUAUUACUAUAAUAAAACAAAGUGUUAAAAUCAUAAAAUUUUUAUAUAUAUAUAGUAAACAAAUUAUUAAAAUAUAUAAAAUGGCAUAUAGCUAUGAUUACUUCAAUGAAGAGGAGGAGGAAGCAUAUUUUAACUCUAAAUUAACAGGAGACUACGUUUAUCAGCAACCUAUAGCUGACAUCGAAGAACGAGUUUUCAAACAAUAUAACCAGGUAUAUCCUGUAAGCGCAUUAAAAUCAAACGUAAGUUAUAUAACUAAAUCAUUUCAGUCAGUUGAUGGAUUAUCUAAUAUAAAUAUAGACGACUCACAUAAUCCCAUUUCAAAAAUAUAUAAAACAGAAGAACGAAAAAAGGAAAAUGAAUUAUUAAAUGAAGAGUUACUAGAGAGUAAAGCUAGAAUAAAGCAAUAUGAAGAAAAUAUAAAACAAAGUGAAAAGAAGGAAAAGAAAAGAAAAAUAACAGAAAAGAAAACUGAAAAAACCGUAACACGUGAUAAAAAAGAAAUUGCUAAAAAAAUCAAAGAGCUUGAAGAAACAAUAAAAAAAUUGCAAAAAGACAGAAAACGCAGAGAAAAAGAAAUUGAAGAAAAAAGAAAACAAGAUGAAAAAGAAAGAAAACGUAUAGCUAAAGAACAUGAAGAAUUCAGAAAAAUAUUAUUAGAACAAGGUGUAAUAUCAGAAACAGGUGAAAUAACAUUAGAACCCUCAGAAUACACAAGAUCGUUAAAUAUAUAUUUAAACGCUAUUAAUGAUGUUGAAAGAAUAUACGGUAAAUCUAUCGAAGAGCUAAGAUAUGACACUGAUAUUAUCGGAGAGUUAUCAAACAGGUUAAAAAAAAUAUUAAGAUAUAACGGUGUAAUUGUAACAACUAUAAAUGAAUUAUUAUCAGCAGUUAGAAAUAAUAAAGUGUUUAAUAUUAUCGUAAGAAUACCAGAAUUUACAUAUGAUAAUUUAUAUAACCUAGCCACAAAUAAUAGUGAGCUAAGAAAUUUCAGAUUAAGUAACAUAGAUAAUCAAAGCGCACUAGGACGUGAAAUAAAUAUGUCCUGGACUACAUUCUCCGAUAAAAUAAUAGAAGAAGAUUAUCUACAUGGCGAGGUUAUACAUGAAAUCAGACUAAUACGCCAACGUGACAUAUCAUCAUUCUUUCCGGAAAUCCCAUAUGAAAAUAGAAAAGAUAAAUUAAAAGAACGUGCAGAUGCCGCAUUAGCUGCAGGAAAACGUGUAGGUAGAGGUAAGGGAAAUGGAGCACAAUAUGGAGAAAGUGAAAGUGAUCUAAUAUAUAUACCUCCAGACACAGACUGCGCACAAAAAAUGUUAAACCAUAUAUUUCCUGAAAUGCAAGAUAAAAUAUCAGAAUAUCUAACCACAAGAUACCGUAGUAAAAAAGAAGGAAUAUCACCUAUACAAUUGUCAAAUAUUAUUAAAAAAUUAGGUAAAGAAAAUGAAGUUGGUAUUGUAAAAAGUAAAAAUGGAAAUUCAUUUAAUAUCCCUGAAAAUAAACCAUAUUGUGCAAUAAUAGAUACAGAUGGAUUAAUGAAUAGAAACGGUCAUUGGGUAUAUUGUAAACAACCUAUUACCAAAAAACAAUUAGAGGAUGAAGUAGAAAGAAUAAGGAAAGCACCAGAUGUACAAGUGUCAGACGUUAAAAAAUGGAAACCAAAUAAAAUUAACCUAAAGGAAAAUCCUAGAACAAAAUCUGUAUAUGUAUGGGAUUCAGAAUGCUCACCACAAGAGUUAGAUAUAUUAUCACAAGAGAAAACACAUAUACCUUAUGCAUGCUGUGCUAUGAAAGUUAUAAAGAAAAAUAUAAAAAAUAAUAUACAAUCAGCUUUCGAUAGUACACUAGAAAAAUUAAAACAAAAUAAAAAUAAAUAUGGCGAUAACGUAUUCAAAGAUAGAGAGUGUUUUAUAAAAAUGUUAAACUGGAUUGUAAAUAUAGAAAAAGAAAUACAGACAAGUGAACAAAUAAAGACCAUAAGAUAUACAUUAUUGAAAGAAAUAAGUAUCAUAAUGAAAACCAUACCCAAUCUACAAGAAACACAUAACAGGAUAACUGGAAUUAAAAGUAAAAAUAUAGAUGAUAUUAAACUAACGAUAGAAAAUGAAAUAACAAUAUUAAAAGAAUCUUUCGAUGAUAAAUCUGAGAUUCUGCUAUUAUUAAAUAAAGUAUUAGAAAAUUUAGAAACAUACAGACCUGAGAUGAAUAUUUAUUUAUACGCACACAACAGUGGAAAAUAUGAUACAUAUGUAUUAUUACAAGAAUUAAUCUCACAUAAAGAUGUAAUAAUACCUGAAGAUGGAUUAUGUAAAACAGGUAGAGGAUUAAUGAAUCUAUCGAUAGAAUAUAGAAAUAUAAAAUUUCACUUUAGAGAUACUAUGCACCACGCUGCUGGUAGUCUUGCAAAACUAGGUAAAGAGUUCAAAUGUCCUAAAGAAUACUGUAAGAUAGAAACAUUUGACGUAUUAUCAGUAAAUCUUGAAAAUUAUAACGAACUACAAUAUAAAUGGGAACCGUAUCUUAGAUGUGAUGUAUACGCACUAGCAUGGGUAUUAUUAACAAUAGAAUCAUGGUACUGUAUAGAUGAGGCAGAAAAAUUUAUAAACAGAUGGGAAAUAAUCAGAUUCUAUACAGUAAACACAUGGGCUAUCCACACAUAUGCUGAACGUGGAUGUAGUGCAGAUAGUGUAAAAGAUUAUGCCACAAAUGAAUGGUUAAAAUCAGCAGCAUAUGGUGGAAGAGUAUUAGCAAUAAUUGAAAAAUUUAAAUCUGAAAAAUAUAUAGAUCUACUCAAAAAACAAUACGACUGGGCUGUAAAUGAAGUGAAAGAUGAUUAUUACAUCAAGGAUGAUACAUAUUUAAAACAUUCUCAAAUAAGAUGUCCAGAAGUAAAAAAUCAUAAAAUCGAAAUUAUACAUGAUAAAAACGCAGGAAUAUUAUUUGAAGCUGAACCUUACAUUGAGCCUGCUGAUUGUAAUUCAUUAUAUCCAAGUGCCACAAUAAAAAUGAAAAAUUAUAAUGCAAAACCUAAACUAUGCACAGACCUAUCACACGAAAAUAUUAUAAAUAAUGAACAUGCUAUUAUAGCUGAAGUUGAAUAUGUAAAACCUUCUAAAGGAACAGUUAUCCCAUUAUCACCAAAAAGGAAAGCUGAUGAGACAGGACUCGAGUACACAUGUAACGCAAUAUAUAAUCAGAAAUGGACAAAUACAGAUUUAAGAGAAUUUAAAAAACAUGGAUAUGAAAUUGGAAAAAUAAUUAAAGCUGUAGAAUUCACAGAAAAACCUAAAGUAACAUUUGGAGAAUUAAAUAGAGAACUAUUUGAUAAAAGACUGAUAGCUAAAAAGGAAGGUAAUAAAAUACAAGCAGAUAGAUAUAAAUUAUCAAUGAAUGGAAAUUACGGUAAAACAUUAGAAAAACCUAUAAGACACAGAACAAAAAUAUUAAGAUCAAAUGCUACGGAUGAUUACAAGAGAAUGCAAGAACACGCUACAUUUAUAGAAUCUCUAACACAAGGAAAAGAUAAGGGUAAUAUAUUAAACUAUCAUGUUAUGAAAGAUGGCAGUGUAGUAUAUGAAGAGAAAACUAUAAAUCCAAUAAAUAAAAAUGCACCCGCCCAAGUAGGCGCAGAAAUAUUAUCAGAGUCUAAAGCUAUAAUGAAUAAACUAUUAGAUAUAAAUCCAUACGCUAUACACUACAUGGACACUGAUAGUGGAUAUGUGAAAAAUAAAAUUAUAGAUAUUGCAAAGAAAAGAAAUCUGAUAGGUAAUGAUAUGGGACAAUUUAAAAAUGAUUAUGGCGAGGGUAAAAAAUGUGUAUACGGAUUAUUCGCUGCAGCUAAAUGUAAAUGUACAGUAGUCUCAGAUAUGAAAAAUCCAUGGUUAUCAGUAAGUACAACAUGGAAAGGUGUACCAUUAAAUAUGCCAGCUAAUCCUGCAGAAAAAAUAUUACUAAAUAAUCCUAGAGCAAAAAAUAAUUAUGAAAAAAUAUCAAGCUUUAGAGAAUAUGCCAUAGCACGUAAAGAAAUGAUAUCUAAAUAUGAAAGGUUUAUAAAUUGGGAGCCUGUGAAAAUGGAUACACAAAUAUUAUGGAAACGUGGUUAUGAAUUUGGAGUAACCACUACAGAUGAUGGUAAAAAAAUGAUAUGUAAAAGAGAGCGUAAACAACAAGAUGCUCAGACCGUUGUUAUAAAAUGUGGACCAUACAAAGGAAUAUAUGAAAAUGUAUUAUUACCAUUCGGUUGGGAGGCACCCGAGUAGAUGAACAAUGUCCCAGAAAUAUAAGAUAUAACCCUAUAAAUAAUAACCCUUUUUUUACGCUAUUUUCAUGACGACCACCGCAUCGCGAACGUAGUGAGCGUAAUAUUUCCAUUAAGCAUUUCUUUUAAAGAGUAGUGUAUUCCUUAUGGUAUUUAUAUAACUAUAGCUAUAAAAAAUAUAGAUGAGAGUUAAAAUCAUAAAAAUUUUGUAUAUAUAUAGUAAACUAAAAAUUUACAAAGUUAAAAAAUAUUUUUCAUAAAAGUUAAAUAUGUCAUACACAGUAUACGAUUCAUAUAAAAUCGUUGUAAAUGAAAUAACAAAAAUUAUUAAUAUAGCUUCAAAAAAUGAACAUCUACCCAACAAAUGUUUUCAUUAUAUGAUAGAUCAAGUUAUCAUAAUGAAAAAUGAAGUGCAUAAUAUGGAUGCUGUAGGUAUAUAUAGAACAUUAAUAAUGUUAUACACAAAGUUAAAAUUCUUUAUAUAUCGACAUACAAUAUACAACAAGGAAAAACAAAACGCAUGUGAAAGAUUUACAUCAUAUUUCAAUAAUCAAUACACAAUAGUAAAAAGAAUGAAAGAAUAUAUUAAAGAAAAUGAUAUUAAAAUAUGUGACGGAGAUGAUCCAUAUGAUAAAAUAAAUGUAAAAGAAGUUUGCUGUGGUGCAAGUAUAUUGCACUAUAAUAAAAAAAUAAAUGAAUUAUUCUAUAGAGAGUUAAGAAAAAGAUCUCUAGAUUAUAACAAAGUUUUAUAUAAUAAUAAUAUUAAUGACGAUGAUGAUGAGAAUAUAUUUGACUGUAUGUUUCAUUUAUUUUAUCUUUAUAGAAAUCUGAAUUGUAUGAGUACUAAAGGAAAAAUAAAACAUUAUAAAAAUUAUUUUAUAUUUCUAUUUUUAUCAGAAGUAUACCUUUCCCUAUAAAUUAUUACACAUAAUGCGCCAAGAAAUAUAAAUAAAAUCACUAUAAAUAAUAACCUUUUUUUUACGCUAUAUUCAUGACGACCACCGCAUCGCGAACGUAGUGAGCGUAAUAUUUCCAUUAAACAUUUCUUUUAAAGAGUAGUGUAUUCCUUAUGAUAUUUAUAUAGCUAUAGUUAGAUAAUAUAAAGCUGAGAGUUAAAAUCAUAAAAAUUUUGUAUAUAUAUAGUAAAGCAAAUUUUAUAAAAAAUAUAAAACAAAAUGUAUAACGAAAUAUACCCUCUCGUUCAAUGUUUUAAAAAAUGGAAUAAAAAAAGUGAUCCUUAUGGUUUAUUAAAGGACACAGAUAAAACAAUAAUAUUUCACAAGCCUAACCCUCGUAGGAGGACAAAAAAUAAACGACCUCGAAAAA